GCAUAUAUUAUUUAAUACGUUUCUAUAGAUCUCACAAAAAACACAAGUGCAUCAUAUGAUAUAUUUAUACAAUAUAUACACGUAAAAACGAUGUUUAGAAGUGAGGAACGCAAGAAAGAAUAUAAAAAAAUAUUUGACGACCCUCGUCGCAAAAGGGAGGAUAUCCAGUCCCAAAUCAGGAAACAAAUUCGCGAUAUAAAUUUGCAAAAACGUCGUUCUCAAGGUACAGCCUCUAACCCUGUUGAAAUUGGAAAUGUACCACAAAAUAUUGAUAUCGGUAAUGGUUUAAGAGGAAACAAUGAAGAUUCUCUGACCAGCAAUUUGAAUUGGUCUCCUUCAGAGUUAGAACACUACGCAAAUGGGUUGAGAUCGUCAGAUUAUAAUAAACAAUUGGCGUGUACAAAACAAUUUCGGAAAAUUUUGUCUCUGGAAUUUGAUCCACCUAUUGAACAAGUUGUCAAUUCCGGUGUUGUACCAAUAUUUAUAGAGUUUCUAACAAGGAACGAUGCGCCUGAACUCCAGUUUGAAGCUGCUUGGGCUAUUACGAAUAUAGCAUCUGGUACACAUCAACAGACCAAGAUUACAACGGACCAUGGAGCUGUACCUAAGCUGAUAGCAUUGCUGGAAUCGUCUCAAGAGGAGGUUCGUGAGCAGGCGAUAUGGGCCUUGGGGAAUAUAGCAGGAGAUUCGGCGGAAUGCAGGGAUUUGGUUUUGGGGCAUGGUGCCUUGAAACCUCUCUUGUUUCUUCUAUCAAAUUCACAAAGAGAAAGUGUUAUUCGUAAUGCUACAUGGACCAUCUCUAACUUGUGUAGAGGGAAACCUAAGCCACUUUUCGAGGAAGUCAGACCGGUGAUUCCAUAUAUUUCAAGGCUUAUAGAACAUCCGGACACUGAGGUACUUACUGACGCAUGCUGGGCAUUCUCAUAUAUUUCGGACGGAUCAGAGGAACACAUUCAGUCUGUGAUUGAUUCUGGAGCAUGUCCAAGACUAAUCCAACUUAUGGAUCAUGUCAUCCCUGCUGUCCAGACACCUUCUCUGCGUACAGUUGGAAAUAUCGCAACUGGCAAUGAUGCGCAAACGCAAGUUAUUGUAGAUUACGGUUGUAUUCCAAUUCUUUAUAAAUUACUUUUUUCUGAAAAGAAGACAAUAAAAAAGGAAGCUUGUUGGACAUUAUCCAAUAUAGCUGCUGGUACAAGGGAUCAGAUUGAAGCCUUUUUGCAAUCAGAUGUUGUUGAGAAACUAUUGGAAUUAAUGGAUGGUGACGAUUUUGAUAUCCAAAGGGAGGCGAGUUGGGCCAUAUGUAAUGCCGCUUCUGGAGGUGAUAUGAAGCAAGCAGAGAACUUAGCAUCUAGGGGCUGUAUUAAACACAUUUGUAAGAUCCUUUCAACCACAGAUACAAAGCUAAUCGGUGUAGCUCUCAGAGCCUUAGAUAACAUUCUAACACUAGGUCAACAUAUAAUGGAAACCAAGGAAUUACCCAGAAAUCCAUAUGCCACAAUUGUAAGAGAGGUUGAUGCCGUGCGAAUGUUAGAUGUGUUGCAAGAUAGCAAAGUUGCUGCUAUAUACAAAAAGGCGGGAAAUAUUUUGAACCGCUUUUUCCCAGAAGAUCGUGACUUUGAUGAAGACUUUGAACGUUCUGAUAUCCAAUUUGGUUCUUACGUUCCUGAAGGCGGGUUCCAAUUUUGA